GAAUUAAUCAAAUAACUCUAUUUAUAUAUAUGAUCGAAAAAUGUGAUAUAAACCUUUCUCAUUGUUUGUAAAAACCUUUUUAAAAUGAAGUAUAUUAAAUUUGUUGCAUUUACUCUGUGUGUAUUAUAUAAGCUAGAAGGUGCCAGAUCGAUAAAAUGUUACCAGUGUUCAACAGCAGAAGAUCCUGACGGCGAAGACAACUGUGGCGCUUACGAAGACUUUCGUGGAGAGAAACACGUCGCUGUUGACUGUUCAAGCGAUGAAUCCAAAUCUCCCGGCUCAUUUUGUAUGAAAAUAACACAACAAGGUCCUAGAGGCUUCAUUUGGGAUGGUCGCUGGAGACAAGUCAUCAGGCAGUGUGCGUCGGUGGCGGAAAAUGGAGUAACCGACGUUUGUCAUUGGGGUGUUUUGGAAAACGGUGUUUAUUGGGAAAAGUGUUAUUGUUCCAAAGACGGUUGUAAUUCUUCGGUGAAAAACAUUGUAUCGAAGAGUUUAAUGUUCUUAGUAAUGAGUGCCUAUUUAAUGUAUUGUAAGUAUCUAUUUUAAUUCACUCAGGCGCCUUUCUCAAUGCGUAAUAUAUUGUAGAUCUUGAUUAUUUGUGUAAGCGAGUCCGUCCAAGCAUUUCUCAAAAUGCGUCUUCCAUCAACCAGAGUAUUAUGUGUUUUUCAUAUUAUUAUAAGGUAAUUUAUUUUUUGUACUUUUUUAUAUAAUGUUGAUUUUAAAGUUCUCAUAAUUUAUUAGAAAUAUUAGGUAUAUGGUCGACGAAGUAUGAUAAAACGGA